GAGAAAUGCUCAAAAUUGCUUCUUCAUUCUGUACGUCAUGGCAAGCAACAUUUACGAAGCAGCAGCCACAGGAGAUAUUGCGUAUUUGAAGCAACAUUCCUCUAAACUAAGGGAGAAAAACGAACGUGGCUGGACGGUACUUCAUUUUGCUGCGCGCUAUGGACAACUAGAGACAACACAAUAUCUUUGCCAACAGCCCAUCGACCAUAAUGCACUGAAUGGCGAAGGCAAAUCUGCAUACCAACUCGCUCAAUUCUGGGGAAACGAAAAAGUAGCCGAGGUAUUGCGAUCUUACGAGCCUUCGACCGAGAAACCCUCAAAAAAGUCGACUGUAAUGAACCAGCCACUUAACCAUUUCGCGGGAAAUCCCCUGAACAGGUGUAGUUGGUAUCGCGACGAUCCCGCUGUGCUAAUGAAACUAGCGCGUUCACCUCAAGCAAAAUAUAUCAUCUUGCAAAAACAGAACAUGCUGUAUAACGAAUCCACUUCGAAACUGUAUUAUGCAACCUAUUCGGAAGUGGCGCCUAUUGUGGACGAGUUAUAUGGAGAUACGGAACAAUCUGCUCAACAGCAAGUGAUAUUGGUCUUUCUCGGUAUUGACGAAGCAGAGGAUAAGGAAGCUGCCUACUGGGCUUUGGAUGUUACGCCUAAAGGAAUCCAUACGGAUAAAUAUCAUGCGAUCAUCAAUGAUUUGACUAGCAAACUAGGAGUAAAGUUUGAAAAUCCGCGUCCAAAAGCUUUCACGUUGGACAAGCAGACAGCAGGUAUAUUGGCGCAAGCACUUUCGAUGGUUGACUGGAAUGCACGUAAUACGUUCUGCCCAGCUUGCGGCCAGGAGACAAUCUCUGAGGAAGGCGGUCAUAAACGCUAUUGCCCACCUCGAUCCGAGAACGAUACAAAGCAUGAGCGAUGCAUUAGCACAAAGGGAGUGUCCAAUUUCUCAUACCCGAGGACAGGUACGGCGAGCUUAUGCUUAUGGUGCUGGAUGUUAUAAUCCGACCUUCCAUCUCUUUAGACCCUGUGGUCAUCGUAUGUAUUGUUCAUCCAAAUGAAGACAAGAUCCUGCUUGGACGCCAAAAUAAGUGGCCUGGAAAAAUGUACUCAUGCAUUGCAGGCUUUGUUGAAGCAGGAGAAUCUGUUGAAGAAGCAGUGCGACGCGAAGCUUUUGAGGAGACCGGUAUCAUAGUGGAUCAAGUGAACUACCACAGCAGUCAACCUUGGCCGUUCCCGAACUCUCUAAUGCUGGGUUUUAUUGCACGUGCGAAAACUGUGGAAGUGAAUCUAAAGG